AUGCAACGAAGUGCGGGCCUGGUCCUCUGGACCUCGCGACAGCUUGUCGCCGGAUCUGCGCGAGCCAUCGCCACCGCACCUCCCACUCCGAAGCGAAAGAUCAAAGUCGAAAACCCUGUAGUAGACCUCGAUGGAGACGAAAUGACUAGAAUUAUUUGGGCAGAUAUCAAGAACAAGCUCAUUUUGCCAUAUGUCGACCUCGAUAUUAAAUAUUUUGAUCUCGGUCUGCCUCACAGAGAUGAAACUGAUGAUCAGAUCACCGUCGAUGCUGCCGAAGCAAUUAAAAAGUACAGUGUAGGAAUCAAAUGCGCUACAAUAACGCCAGAUGAGGCAAGAGUGAAAGAGUUCAAGCUGAAGAAAAUGUGGCUUUCACCAAAUGGAACAAUUCGAAACAUUCUUGGUGGUACCGUAUUCCGUGAGCCAAUCCUUUGCAAAAACAUUCCACGACUUGUGCCAGGCUGGGUAAAACCCAUUGUUAUUGGUAGGCACGCGUUCGGAGAUCAGUACCGCGCAACAGACCUCGUCGUACCGCAAGGAGCCACAUUACAAUUGGUUGUCAAAGGUAUUUCCUGA